CAGCCACACAAACCGGCUGGGCACUUUUCAAACGCCAACGGUGAGGAGCGGCAGGCAGUGAGGCGGGCGCGUGCGCGAGCGAGCGGCGGGCACGAGCGCGGCUGAAGGGAAGAGAGGAAAACUGACGGCGCUUGUGCCGGCGAGAAAGGAGGGGAGGGGGCGAGUUUGUGGUCGGCGGAUAAAAAAGAAACAGAAGUAAAGGAAAAGGCCGCUGCUUUGGAAAUAAGGGAGUGAGUCGGUCAGAGAAGAAGACGAAGAAAGGGCGGAAAAGAGCAAACAAAAAAAGAGGAAGACGAAGUGGAGGAGGAGGCGCUACACCGGUGUUGAAGACGAGGGAAGAAGAGGAGCAGGUUGGUAGAAACUGGAGAUAACAGCGGGAGGUCCCCGGAUUUGAACCACCAGCCUUUUGGUCAGCAAGUUCAGCAGCUUAGCAUUUUAACCCGCUGUGCCCUGGGGAUAUGGUAAAAAUCGGUAGCCAGAAUUGGGGAGAUCCCAUGCAUGACGAUGUCCAGACGGAAGUCUGAGAACAAAAGCCUUCCAGGCUUAUUGCCUGCAUCUCUUCAGACACAAAUAAAGACAGAGAACUUUCACAGUUUCUACGAAGUAGAACCAAAAGAAUUAGGAAGAGGAAAAUUUGCUGUGGUUAGAAAAUGUAUUGCAAAAUCCUCAGGCCAAGAAUAUGCAGCUAAGUUCCUGAAGAAGAGGAGAAGAGGCCAAGAGUGCAAAGCUGAGAUCCUGCAUGAAAUUGCUGUUCUAGAAGUAACAAGGCUGAGUCCCCGUGUAGUAAAUCUCCAUGAAGUCUAUGAAACAACAAAUGAAAUCAUCUUAGUAUUAGAAUAUGCUGCUGGAGGAGAAAUCUUUAAUUUAUGUCUAGACGAUCUAGAAGAAGCCAUUCAUGAAACUGAUAUUAUUAGGCUGAUACGACAAAUACUGGAAGGCAUUUGUUACCUGCAUCAGAACAACAUUGUACAUCUUGAUUUAAAGCCCCAGAAUAUUUUGUUGAGCAGCCUGUGUCCCCUUGGCGAUAUUAAAAUAGUGGAUUUUGGCAUGUCUCGGAAGAUUGGCAAUUGCUACGAACUACGGGAAAUUGUUGGAACCCCUGAAUAUCAAGCGCCAGAAGUCUUAAACUAUGAUCCUAUUACUACAGCCACAGAUAUAUGGAGUGUAGGCGUAAUUGCAUAUAUGCUGCUGACGCAUGAAUCUCCAUUUGUGGGAGCAGAUAAACAAGAAACAUACCUCAAUAUUUCGCAAGGAAAUGUGGAUUAUUCUGAAGAAACUUUUGCUUCUGUUUCACUGUUGGCUAGAGACUUCAUUCAAAAGCUACUCAUUAAAAAUCCUGAAGAACGACCAACAGCAGAAGCUUGUCUAUCUCACUCUUGGCUUCAGCAGGGAGAUUUCCUCUUGUUGUACAGCCCUGAAGAAAGUCCCAGUUCUUCUCCAACACACGAUCUUAUAAACAAGUGCACAGAAGAGAGAAAUAAUAAUAGGCCCAUGUGUAAUGGCAUGUGCAGUGAGCAAGAAGAUAAAGAGAAUAUUCCAGAAGACAGCAGUACCCUUUCCAAGCGAUUUCGCUUUGAUGACUCCUUGCCAUACCCUCAAGAACUCCCAACAGACUUUGUAUGUUAACAAAGGCACUCCUGCAAGCUAUUUUGAACUGACUCAGAUUUUGACCUACUCAUGUGGCACGUCCUUUAAGAUUGUGGCUUGCCCACUGCUCUGUUGUGGUUGCCCUGGAAAUGCACUUUUUGAGUUGAUCUUGUGUUGACCCUUCUUUGUGCUGCCAUUGCUGGCAAUGGGUUUGACUCGGAGGAAUCUAGAGUCUUUGGCACCGGAGGUGGCUUGUCUUUAAAGGCAAGCAGAUGGUUGAGUAUACUUGCACUUUUUACAUUGAAGUCCCAAACGUGGUAUUUGGUGUGCUCAAAAAUAAAACAGGCAAACCUAGAAGAGGAAUCCGUUGAAUGCUAACUAACAAAGUGUCAGUAAAGCACGUCCUAACCAUGUUCUAAGCCAAAGAAUGAUCUAAUAAUACUCUUGCAUUUGUAUUGUAACUAAAGCUAUGUGAACUUGGCACAGCAGAGAAAUGAGCCCUUUUGUUCCAGUCUAACAGUAUAGUCCCAUGCUGUCAUCUUUUGUUAAGAUUCAAAUCAGUGACUUACUAGUAUAUAGUUGUGCUGCAGUGAAGUCUUUCAUUCACUGGGGCUCAAGCGCUUAGGCUGGAUUCCUGACUGGCAGCCCAGUUUUUUGCAUGUUUGCUCAGAAGUUGAGACUCAGUGGGACGUACAUAAAUAGUAAAUGGAGAUAGGGCUGCAGCCUUAGAUCUUGUUCACAUGUUGGCAUUUAGCAUUCCCCGGUUUAUACCUAAGUUGGGAGAAUGCAUACUUAACUUCUUAUCCUUCCACUUUCUGCAUGUACACAUGAUGUGGAAGAGGCUCAGAGGCAUUUCUAGUAUUGCACACAGCAAUGCCUUGAACUGUUUCCUUACCAAAAUGUUUGGGUGUUCUUCCGUGCCAGCAGGAGAAUCUGUGCAAUGCCAUAUUCCAGUUAAGGGCAAGUUAUAUCUUGUGAAAGUUUAAGUCUGAAAGCUCUUAUUCAUAUCAUCAAAUCAAAUUUUAUUGAGUGAGAUCACCCACAAAAGAGUGCAGCGUGACGUUUAUUUUAAUUCAUCUUCUCACGACGGUGACAUCAUCCCAUUAAGCUUCUAUUUUACCAAUAUUUCCGUCCUAUUUAUCAGUUGAAUCUGUUGCUCUUACCAAAGAUACAGUUGUACUAAUAGGUGUAUGCCUGUUUACUUAGAAGUAAAUCCCACAGUGUUUAGUGGGGCUUACUCAAGUAAGCGUAAAUAUAUCAGCAGCCUAAAGCCAUAUUGCAACCAGAAUGUUAGCACCACAGGUGAAGUGAAGGAAAGUAUAGAAGAAAACGUCACUGUUUUUGUGGCAUUGUAAAAGCUAAUCAUUUCACAAAUGCUUAGUCGUCAAGGUGUUCUACCAGUAAUUAGCAGAGGGAGUGCCAUUGAUUUCCCAACAUAAUCACAUAAACAAUGUGUGGCUGAUGUUGCAGGCAGUUGGGCAUAUAUUUAUUAUCAGGCCAAAGCAGAUUUAAGUCCACAUUCAGAAAAUCUGUGCAAAAUUUCAUUACUGGAAGCCAUAUUUUCUUAAGAAUUAUCAGUUUAAAACUUUUGAGGGAAGCAGGGAGAUUACCAAUUAUUGCAUCAUAAUUUCAUUUUUAAAAGUGUUAAUUUUAGGCCGUUCAAAAAACAAAAACAAAGUCCUGUUCCAUAAAUGCGUUUUUAAUAUGGAAGAAAGGUUAAGAGUGAAACUGCGUGCCACAAUAAUGGUUACACCAGCACUUUAUAAAACAGAAUACAUAGAAUAAGUAUGUUUCCAUUGUGGUAUUUUUUUUAAAAAGAAGUUUACAUUUCUUAUUCUUUCUUCUAGUCUUAAAACUUUUAAAAAAUGAAUAAGUCAAUUUUUGUUUCUAGUCAGUAGAGUGUUUCAGAUUUUAUAAACAUGUAUAUGUAUGUAAAUUCAGGAUAUAACUUGAAUCUGACAAUUCUAAAUGGUUCGGUAUUUCUAAUUUUGUAAGUUUUCUUUGUUUAUGCAUAAGUUUGUAUAUAAUUUUACUGGAAUUACAAUUGUUCUUGGAGAUCUUUGUUUUGUAUUUAAUACCAGUGGGCGUUUCGAAAUGUUUCCUUUCUACCAUGAGUAGUUUGAACUUAUGAUUCCACUAAAGAUGUAUUUCGUUACUAGUGCUGGAGAGAAAAUGUGAAACAACUGUUCAGCUUCUCAUCUGAACUUGAUGCGUCCAUGCAACAACUUUCCCAGCAACUAUAUGUAGAAAGCAGCACUUGCCAUAGUAGAAUUAAUACCUUCCAAUUGUAAACAACAAUUUCACAGGCCCCAGGUAAAAGAUCCUGUUUGUAAAUACAGAUUUCCUGGAGAUGAUUUCUGCUUCUUAGGUUACAGAAGAAUUAGAAUGUGUGCAGACACAGCAUUUAGCACAAUCUUUCCCUGGUUUGUAGUGGAAUGAGUGAUAAAUCUUAGCAAAGGCAUGCGCCCAGAUAAGCUAUGGAGAGCUUCAAUCAGGUGUGGACAUAAUAUAAGCAACAGCCAAAUCAUCAUAUGUGUUUACCAGCUCAUGCGCGCACUGCCACAGAUUCCAUGUCCAACUUAGUAGAAACUGGUUCCAUCAGGUAAUUUAUCCUGAUGGAGAAGGAAGUUGUUAGCAAAAUAGGCCAUGUCGGAGUUACAAGUAUCACUGUAUUCCCCAUUCACAUGCAUCACUACUCAGAUCCAUUCCUUGUUCAUGAUUACAAGUUUAAAACAUGCAGGUUCAUAAUAUGGUUGAAUAUUGCUUUCCCAGUGUCCUUACCUAUGCCAGUUCGCACUGAAAUCUAUACUUGCCAGAUGUUCAAGAGAAAUGCUGACUGUGCAAACUUGCAACUAGAAUAAGUGGAUUCUCAACUCCACUUGAGAGGGAUAUGCUGAAUAAAGACCAAAUUCAAAGCUACAUGUCCGUUUAGGCUAAAUACCUAUUGUAGGUUUUCGGAUACCAACAUUUAAGCCAGAAACCUGUUAGAACACCAUGUUAGCCUGAAGGAAAUUGUACAAAUAGCUCCAUUUUUUCAAAGGCUGUGUAAAAGCAGUUCCCAGUACAGCUGAUACUUCUACUUUGCUUGGUGCGUAUGCAUCUGUGUGUAUAAAGGGCAAAGUAAAUGCCUUGGUGACUUCCACUGUCCUGAAUUUAGGGGAGCUUUUUUAGUUGGUAAUAUCAGCUGAAAUACUGGGGCGAAGGCUCUCCCACAAGGAGAGCAUCUUGUCUCUCACUUUAACUUCUCAGGUAGAGAGCUAAGGGUCUGUUUCUGAACAGAGACACUCAAGAUCCUUGAUACAAUUGAGCAUGUUUGAGAGACAGCGUCAAUACACUGGCAUAGGUUGAUGGUAGGCUAAAAGCAUAUAAGACUUUGAUCUUAAAAUGGUACCUCUGGAAAAGAGUAAUUUAAGUGGUGUGCCUGGAUCCAUAUACAGUACAGCCCCGUAUCAUUAAGAGAAAUGUUUUGAGCUUUGAUUUGUGAAACCAUGGAUGAAAAUAAACCUUGUGAAUGGGAUGAAAGGCGGAGGUAUAGAGAAAAGGGUGUCGCAUAUUCAGGAGGCACUAAAUGAACCUGUGGUUAAGUGAAGCCUUGUAUAUUGGUUCCACAGAUAUGGAGGCUGUACUGUGUUACAAAUAGGGUGUUUUCAUGGAAAACAGGAUUACUGCAGCCACUCUAGGUGUUAAGAUAUUAUUUCUGUAUCGAGGCAACAUUUCAGUACAAUGGGACAGAGGCUCCAUUAUUGCUCCUCUAAUGUAAGUGCUUGUACACUAUUAUAUGUUCCUUUAAGAAUCAUCUGAACAAUAUGAAAGGAUGCAUUAAAAGUUUUCUUGAUGGUA